CACAUAAACAGUUGAUGUGAGCCGGAGAAAAACGUCCAUAAGCGAAGUCAGCUCGACCUCAUUUCGUAUUUUCUCUACGCGGAAAAUGAUGAGAAAAAAUUGUUUCACAUGAAUCGUGCCUUGGAUGCAGCUAAGUAAAGCAAGAAGAAUUCUACACAUAUGCUGCAUUCUGUCUGUUAUCGAUGAUAAGGAAACUACGCAAAUAUAACGUCAUACGAGCGUUUUAUGUUACCAUAUUUGGAUACGUUGAGAGAUUAUUUCAGAGGCUUUUCUUGCGACGCAUUAGAGAAAAAUUUCAUAGUUUAACGCAGUUAGACUUUAUCUCAACGUACGAAUGUAAUAUAAUAAAAGGAUUGAAAAGUAGGGAUUUUCAUUAUACACUUUAAUUGUAUAAAAACGCAACGACAAUCGCUUUGAAGCAUUCAGUUUUGUCUUACAAGCCGAAUGAACAGAACACAGAACUAGUUUUUUCUUAGUUACACCGACUUCUAUAUUAGUUUACUAAGACAUAAUUUGAACCAUGUACAAGCAGUUGGCUCUAUUUCUUGGUCUCCUUACCAUUGCAAACGCAUUUUCGAUUGCAGAGAAAAAUGAUUGGGCGCAAUAUAAGGUAGAACACAAAAAGAGCUAUGCCAAUGAUGAAGAGCACGAUCUUCGUAUGAACAUCUUUCUACGAACCAGAAAAAAGAUCGCUGAGCAUAACAAACUAUUCGAUGAAGGCCUUGUCACAUACGAAAUGGGUUUGAAUGAAUUCAGUGAUAUGACAUUCGAAGAGUUCUCAGCCACUUAUCUUGGAUAUAAACCGGCAGCAAACUUUAGAUUCAAUGCGACUCUUAACUACUUCGAAGGAUCCCAUAAUACUCCAGCCAAAAAAAGCGUUGACUGGAGACAAGAAUCGGCUGUAACUGAAGUGAAGUACCAAGGAUCAUGUGGUGCAUGUUGGGCAUUUUCUGCCACGGGAGCCAUUGAGGGCCAAAAUAAAAUAAAGCACAGAAAAUUAGUGUCAUUGUCGGAGCAAAACCUCAUCGAUUGCACGUAUGAAAACAAUGGAUGUGGCAUCGGAACAAUGAAUGAUGCCUUCCAGUAUGUCCACAAUAAUGGUGGAAUUAACACAGAAAAGACGUAUAAAUACGAAAGCGCAGGAGACACUGCAGAUACUCAACCCAGACGAUGCCGAUACAACAGCAGGAAUUCGGCUGCAUAUGUUAGCGGCUAUAGAGUUAUUCGGCAAGGCAAUGAAGCGGAAUUACAGCAGGCAAUUUCUACCGUCGGCCCAAUCUCCGUUGCAUUCAAUGCACCCGAGUCAAUGAAGGAUUAUAAAAGAGGACUUUACUUUGAUGAAAGCUGCGAUCUUGAGAUGUUGGAUCAUGCAGCCGUUGCUGUUGGAUAUAAUGAAGAUCCUGCUGGCAAAUACUAUAUCGUCAAAAAUAGCUGGGGAAUAACGUGGGGAGAGAAUGGAUACAUCAGAAUGGCUCGAGACCAAAACGACAAUUGCGGAAUUGCUCAAGCAGCCAUUUCGAUCGAAGAGAAAAAUGAUUGGGAGCAAUAUAAGGUGGAACACUCAAAGAGCUAUGCCAACGAUGAAGAGCACGAUCUUCGUAUGAAAAUCUUUCUACAACGCAGAAAAAAGAUCGCUGAGCACAACAAACUAUUCGAUGACGGCCUUGUCACAUUCACAAUGGGUUUGAAUGAAUUUAGCGACAUGACAUUCGAGGAAUUUAAAGCCAAGAUGCAUAAAUGUAGACGAGCGCCAAAAUUUCUAUUGAACAAAAAUGCAACCCGUAACUAUUUUAAAGGAUCUCCUGACUUCCAAGCAAAUGAUAACGUUGACUGGACAAAACCACCGAAGAUAGCUGUAACUGAAGUAAAAAACCAGGGAAAAUGUGGUUCUUGCUGGGCUUUUGCUAGUGUAGGUGCUAUUGAGUCUCAACUAUACUUAAAGACUGGCAAAUUGGUUUCAUUGUCGGCGCAAUUCCUCGUCGAUUGCGAUCGUGAUCAGGCCCAUGAUAACGAUGGAUGUAACGGCGGAAAUGCAGACGGUGCAUUUCAGUACGUUCAUGGUGUAGGCGGUAUUCCUACUGAGGCAUCGUAUCCAUACGUAAGUAAAUAUGACGAUGAUUAUUGUCCACGCAGAGAAUGCAAAAAAAACCCUGCGAAUUUUGCUGCUACUGUUAGUAGUUACGUGGAUAUUAAGUCAGGCGAUGAAAGGAAAUUGCAGGAAGCAAUUAAAACCAUUGGCCCAAUUGCCGUUGCAAUCCAUGCAACUGAUAUAUUUACACAUUAUACCGGUGGCUAUUACAUUGAGCCCGGCUGCCCUUCAGAUGCAGACUCGUUGGAUCAUGUAGUUUUGGUUGUAGGCUAUGGGGAAGAAAAUGGCAAGAAAUAUUAUCUUGUCAAAAAUACUUACGGACAAAAAUGGGGAGAGAAAGGAUUCAUUAGAAUGGCUCGCGACAGCAAAAAUCACUGCGGAAUAGCCACAGAGGCUGUCUAUCCUGUCGUCAACGGAAAGUAAUUUUCGAAGAAAUAAAAAUCAACAGUUCAUU